AAAGGACGUUAAUUAAGAACUUUAUAAACUCAACCAUUUUAGAUUUUGACUUUGGUUUUCUAUAUAUAUAAAUAAAUACAUAUAUCAUCCACAAAAACAUAUGACAUUCACUCACAUCAGAAUUUCAAAACCGUAAAGAAAUACCUUCCUUUUGAAGUCUUUAUUCUCUCCACGAUUGACGAUUAAUGGAGAUGAAGAAGUGGAGUUAUGCGAAUUUAAUAACCUUAGCUUUGUUGUUUCUCUUCUUUAUUAUUCUUCUUUUGGCAUUUCAAGGUGGAUCAAGAGACGACGAUCAUCAGCAUGUUCAUGUGGCCAUCAGAACUAAGGAUAUCUCCAUGGGACGAAAGUUAAAAAGUUUGAAACCGAUCAAUCCAACAAAGAAAAACGGGUUUGAGUAUCCGGAUCAAGGAUCUCAUGAUGUACAAGAAAGAGAAGUAUAUGUUGAGCUAAGGGACUACGGGCAACGAAAGUACAAACCCCCCGUCCAUAAUUAACGGUUGCGCGUAGUACGUAGUCAUUGAUACCGGGCAAAUUAUGGUUAAUUUACUGUUUAACUUUGUAAAAUAAACAAAUGAAUAAGUCAUGUUAUGAUGUUUUUAUUUUGUAUAAGGUAAAUCUCCUCAGUAUGUGCUGGUUUUAUUUCAUAUCUUUUACGAUUAUUUUUCUAUUAGAAAUGUAAAAGAAAAAAAAAACAAAUUGUUCAAAGCUGAUUAUUCAAUAUAAAUCGUUAUCAACUCUA